UACCAGUGUUUGUUGUGUAUCUUCUCCAGAGCUCUCUGAUGGUGGCGGGUUCUGGGAAAAUUCUUCAGAAUAUAGACAAAUUCUGCUGCUUAUUUUUAGGACCAAGUAAAGAUCUGUUUCUUUCACAGAUACGACUAAAUAUCCACAUGGCCCGUCCCGGUCUGCACCUCAAAUACGAUGUCUGGUCUGAGGUACCAAAAUCACCUUGGGAUAAACAUGAGGAGCUUGAAGGAACAGACAGCUUCAGGAGUAUCUUGCCCGUGAUACGCGUUGCGAAUGUGUUUGGUCUAGUCCCACUAUCGGCUGCUAACGGAUGUUUUAGGUUCGCUUGGCUAAGCUUCAGGACAGCAUACGCUGCCGUGGUGUUACUGAUGCUUGCGAGCUUCGUGGUCGUCAGGAUAUUGUCCGUAUUUGUGGCCAAUGAACGACAAGAAGACUGGGUCAGGCUCUUCACUUCUACUGCCUUCUACUCGCUGGCAGCCGUGGGCGCCCUCCUUCUCUGCAACCUCGCCAGGAAGGUGCCGGAAGUUUGUGACAGUUUCCUCCGAUGUUACAUCAAAAGCGGACACGAAUACGAGAUAGAUCUCCUGGGUUACUCUGACGCAAUGGGGCUAAUCAUCCUCUUCAUCAACAAGUACGCAACUUUCAUCUGGAAUUUCAUCGACAUUUUCGUCUCUUGCGUUGCUCUCAUUCUUCUGAGGCACAUCAGGCUCUAUAACGCCAGAGUGGAGGAAGGCUACUUGCGGUGGACUGGAAAAGACUGGCGCACCACGAGAGAGGACCACCUGAGCCUCAUCAGACUGGUGAAUUUGAUUAACGAAGUCUUCGGACCGAUCAUUCUUCAGUCGUACGUCACCAAUCUCCUGUUCACGACCGUUCAGCUCUACUUAGGCAUAAGGCCCCGAAGUGACAAGGACAUCACCACACGGCUGUACCUGACGUGGUCCUUCCUCCACCUCCUGGGGCGCCUGCUUCUGGUAUCCUUGUCUUGCACAGCCGUCUACGAAGCGUCCAAAAAGAGCAUGAUUUGUAUCCUCAAUGUCCCCGUGGAUAAUUAUAGCGUCGACGUGUGGAGACUUCAGCAUCAGGUUCAAGAACAGGAAAUAGGACUAACGGGUUACGGGUUCUUCUUGGUCAACAAGAGCUUCAUUCUCGCUACAACAGGAGCCUUAGUGACCUACGAGGUCAUACUCUACCAGCUUAACUUUGGUGACGAGACAACUGAGAUUACCCCAACCCAGGUCAUGUGCACCUGAUUCUCAAGGUUGCGAGGUCACGCUGGUAUUCCACCUGAAAUGCGUGUGUGCUUUCUUUAUAUACGUGUGAAUUAGGAUAAAACUGUUGUACUGUUGUCUCUGUCCAUGCUGCCAUAGGCCUAUAGCUUAUGGCUCUCUAUCGACGCUACCAUAGGCCUAUAGCUUAUGGCAGAAUCGAUGAAGGCAAUUUUGAGAAUAGUGAAGGUGUUGAAGAAAUGGUUGGAUGUUUAUUGUAUUGAUAGUGAGGUAUAUUUAUAUUUCUUACAGCAUAAACCGCAAAUUAUCAAUUAUUGUCGAUAAUCUCCUUGCCUUUCUAGUUUAUUAUACAUACAUACACACAUAAGUAUAGAUACACACACACAUAUGCUUUCCUCCUGUAAAAUAAUCAUCA